GAUUUCCCCUCUACUGUAGGUAGCGAUUCGUGCAACGAACUCAGAUGCUCAAAAUAAUUUGCCAUGCAUUUGCUGUUAUAAUCUUCACUGUCAUUGCCAAACCCCAUCCUGUUCUCACCCAAUGUGCGUACAUCAAUCUGGAUUCACUUGGGAGUACCAGGAAUGGGCUCCUCCUCCUCCAAAUAAGGAAGUCACUGAGGCCAAAUAUUGCAGCCCUAUCCCCACAUGGUUGACACCAGCUGUCUCUGCGGUGCAGAGUCCGGAAAUCACAGCUAGAACUUUCCACAGCUGUGUAGCUCAGAGCUUCUGUAGGUGCGUUUUCUAACGGCCAAAAUCCGCCUACUUCAUGUCAAAAAAAAAUCUCGUGUCCUGCAACUGAAAUCGUAAAAGUUAGGAACCCAGAAAGGGGCCAUUCAGCCUGUGCAGUCAACAGCUCUUCGUCCAGUCAUAUUCCCCUUUCCAGUUCCUGCUCUGUAGCCUGGUAGUUUCCAGCAAUUCCAGGUGUAGCAUCUAAGGAUUUGUACCGAGACCAUCUCGCAGCGAUGUGUGGGCGUACUGCAUGCUCGCUGGCAGCUGAGCAGAUCAGACGUGCGUGUGCCUAUCGAGAUGGGAGAGGGAGGAGGAGGGACCCAGACUGGAGAGAUGGGGACCGCAAUAAGUACAAGCCUUCGUUCAACAAAAGCCCACAUUCCCACUGCCCGGUGCUGGUGUCCAGAAAGCACUUCCACAAAGAUGCAGACAGUACUGAGCAGCUCCUAGCGGCCAUGCGGUGGGGUCUUAUUCCCUCCUGGUUCAGAGAGAGCGAUCCUUCCAAAAUGCUGUACAACACCAGUAACUGCCGCAGUGACGGGAUGCUGCACAAGAACUCGUACAAGGACCCCUUUAUGAAGGGACAGCGCUGUGUGGUGCUGGCUGAUGGCUUCUACGAGUGGCAGAGGCAAAAUGGUGAGAAACAGCCUUACUUCAUCUACUUCCCACAGACCUGUGAGAAAGAGGAGGAGGAUGGGGAGGAGUGGAAGGGUCGCAGACUGCUCACUAUGGCCGGGCUCUUUGACCACUGGGCGCCUCCUGGAGGUGGUGAAGACUUUUACACCUACACUGUCAUCACGGUGGAUGCUUCCAAAGCCAUGGACUGGAUCCAUGACAGGAUGCCAGCAAUUCUGGAUGGAGAGGAGGCUGUGAGGAUGUGGUUGGAUUACGGGCAGGUACCAGCCAUGGAAGCUCUCAAACUGAUCCACCCGACAGAAAGGAUCGCCCUCCACCCAGUCUCCACCGUGGUUAACAAUUCCAGAAAUGACUUCCUCGACUGCAUCAAACCCAUUGAACUGGGAGUUAAAAAGGAGGUCAAGCCCACAGCCAGCAGUAAGCUGAUGAUGAACUGGCUACAGAACCCCUCUCCCAAGAAGGAAGAAGCCAGCCCUGGUAGCCAGCACACCGUGAAGGUGGAGACACCAAAGAAGAGCAGCGUGGGGUUGAUGCAGAUGUGGCUUCAGAAAACCGAGGAACCCUCAGCCAAGAAGCUGCGCACCAGCUGAGGGCUGGUUCCAAGGCAGGGCCUCAGGGGACCAGGAGAAGGUCGAGCUGUGUUUCCUAACAAAUAUCCCCUGGCUGUUCCGACUAGCUUGCAUUGGGUUUUUUUUGUUUAGUUUGUUGCAAAGUUCGUGUUGUGAUGUUGUGCAUUUGCCUGUAACCAUUCAAAAGGGGGUGGACGGGAAGGAAAUGCGAUUGAGCUGAAAUGAAGAAAAUCUGAAUUCCCCCCCUGCUCACUGGAGAAGGGACACGGCUGAGUUUUGACACUGGUUUGUCGGGGAAAUGUGCCUGGUGUAGGAGCUGGGAUAUGGGAACGUACGGUGA